GGGUGAGACACCAGGGGGCGGUGAUGCGUCAGCUGUUGAGGGAUAAUUUUUCUGGCGUUUCGGAGCAUUUCGGUUAAUGAAGGCAUUUAAUUAAAACGAAAUUACAGUAGAAAGUGCGUGAAUUCUUGAAAAAUGUCGACUGCUGCUAGACCAACAUUCGAUGGGGCCAGGGGAGGUCAGGGACGUGGGGAAAAAGAUCUCAGUGCUAUUUCCAAACAAUACAGCAGCAGAGAUUUGCCUGGACACACGAAAUUAAAAUACAGGGAACAUGGACAAGGGACGAGCGAGGAACUUCGCACGAGAGACUUCAGAAAAGAACUUGAGGAGAGGGAAAUCGAGAAGACGAGUAAAUCCUCGAACAGACGAAUGAUAGAGCCCUCGAGGGAACCACCACAGCCCAGCAAACGUCAGAAGGUCGAUCAGGUACCAGCAGCGAGUCUCGAUGCUGAUGAUCCCCUGGAUGAGGACGAUUCGGGGUCUGACAGCGAUGAGGAUGACACAGCAGCACUCCUCGCCGAGCUGCAGCAGAUCAAGAAGGAGAGGGCUGCUGACAACGCCAAGAAGGAAAUGGAGAAGAGACAGGAAGAGGAGAGGAUCAGGAUGGAGAAUAUUCUGUCAGGGAAUCCACUGUUGAAUUAUUCAGCUCAAGCCACUCGCAGUGACAUGAAGGUCAGGCGACGGUGGGAUGACGAUGUCGUUUUCAAAAAUUGCGCCAGAUCCGAACCGAAGAAAAAACACGAUGUCUUCAUUAAUGACUCACUCAGGAGUGAAUUUCAUCGGAAAUUCAUGGAGAAAUACGUUAAAUAAGACUGACUAAUGUUCCAUAAUAUUUCGUAAUUCAUAGGUGUAUAGAAGGAGAUUAAUUAAUAAAAACACUCGGGACACUCACUUUAAUCA